AUGUCCUCCAUCUUCGGCGCCGUCCGCAGCUACGCCCGCUCGUUCUUCUCGACGCCCGCGAUCAGUCAGGAGCAGGUUGCGCUCGCUAAGGAGACUGUUGAGGGCCUCAUCCAGUCGCCCGUCGUGGUCUUCUCCAAGUCUUACUGCCCGUACUGCACGGAGGCCAAGAACAUCCUCAGGUCGCUCGGCCAGAGCUCUCGCAUGAAGGUCCUCGAGCUCAACCAGGAGCAGAACGGCUCGGCGAUCCAGCAGUACCUCGCGGAGCGAGUCGGCGCAGCGAAGGUUACGGUUCCUCAGGUCUACAUCAAGGGCCAGCCCGUCGGCGGAUGCAGCGAUCUCAAGAAGCUCCAGGCUGAGGGCAAGCUCACCAGCCUCCUCGCUUAA